CUUAACAACCAGGGAGCCAACAGGCUCCUUGGAGUGACUGGGAGAAACUGGAAGGAGACAGCUAUAUCUUUUGAAGGCAUUAGAAAAUAGCUGUUUCUGCCAAUCAAAAAUUCUCAGCUUAAGUACAAGGAUUUAAGGAAAUCAACAAAAACUCUGUCUGGUCCCAUUAUGAGGCUGGAAGGGUACCAACAGAUUUGAGUUCAUAUUAACCAGAUCAUCUGUUUUACAAACUAUUCUCAGUGAAAGCAGACUGUUAGCAUCACAAGUGGAAGUAUAAACAGAACUGAGCUACCUUUAGUCAGGAUAUCUCUUGGGGGGGGUAUCCUUUAAGUCUGGAAGUCUCAGCCUUGGUUUUGCAACAGGAACAGUAAGGGUCUGAGCAUAACUGAAACUAAGGUCAAUCAAUUUAGACCCCAAGGACUUUUUUGGCAACAGUGAAGGAGGUCAACCAACAGGUCAUGCAAAGGAACUUCAAAUCCCCAACUUCUGUUCUUCAAUUUGAGAGCAAAAGCAACCCUAUUGUGACUAGAAAUGGGAGUUGUUUUCUAGUUAGGCAUACUCCUCAUCCCAGAAGAGUCUGCCAUAUCAAAGGUUUGAAUAACAUUCCGAUCUGUACUGUGAAUGACGAUGAGCUUGCUCUCGGAGCCCUAUACGGUGUUAGCCAGUUUGACCAGUUAGAGAAGGAUGAGAUACCAUUUGCCAAAUGCAAUUAUCCACCGAGUCCUGCUGCCCCAGAGAGUCCUGUCAGAGAAGUGUCACCAGCCCAAAGCAGAGUCAAAAUGCCCCCAAGACCUCAUUCAGAGCCCUGCAGAAAAUUCAAUGAGUGCUUCAAAACUUCCAGUGAAAAUCCCUUAGUAAUUAAAAAGGAAGAAAUUAAGGUUAAAAAGUCACCAUCACCUCCAAAUGCAUGCUAUACUGCUGGAUCCUGCUCUUCAGAGGCAAUGAGCACCAAGGCUGAUGUCAAAGAGAACACUGUUUGCAUACCAAACUAUCUGGAUCAAGAAAUAAAGAUCUUGGCAAAGCUCUGUGACAUUUUACAUACUGAUUCUCUGGCAGAAGUUACACAGUGGCUGCUUCAUGCAAGUACAAAAGAAAAAGAGUGGAUCUCAGCUUUGAUUCAUUCUGAGCUGGCUGAGAUACAUUUAUUGAGUCGCCACAGAAGAAACACCCCAGUGGAACCAGCAGGAGAGACUGGGAAGCCAUCUGCAGUUAAAUCACCCACUAGGAUCAAAUCUCCCCCAAAUUCACCUGCAAAGUCAAAGGUGCUGACUGGAGCUAAGGAUGGAUAUCAACCAACCAGAGCAUCAAGCCAAGAAUCUGCAGGAAAUAAGGAAGUAGCAAAAGGAGCUGAGCACAAGACCCCAUUGUUUAUAAGAAAAAACAACAUGAAAAUACCUAUUACAGAAUAUUUCAGCAAACCAAAGUCUCCUUUCAGGUCUAAUAAUCAGGAGAGUUAUAUUAUUGGGUCAGCAAAACCAAUGUCUGCAAGGAGUAUACAAGGAUACAAUCUUUGUCCUCAAAACUUGUCUUAUCCUUUAACAUACCAAAGGUAGAAACUGUACACUGAGCUAAUUCUUUCAGAAAUUUGAGUUUCACGUUAAUUAAUUUUAAAAAAUCAAGCAGUUCUCUUAUGGUGGCACAGGUUAAUCUCAAAACACCUGUAUAUAAUGCUACAAAUAAAUGUUAAUGAAGAUAA